UUUGGCGCUCUUCCGCUGGCAGUGGCACGAGGUGGAGGCGCCCUACCUGGUGGCCCUGUGGAUCCUGGUGGCCAGCCUGGCUAAAAUCGUGUUUCACCUGUCUCGGAAGGUAACAUCUCUGGUCCCUGAGAGCUGCUUGCUGAUUUUGCUGGGCCUGGUGCUGGGAGGCAUUGUCUUAGCUGUGGCCAAGAAGGCUGAGUACCAGCUGGAGCCAGGGACCUUCUUCCUUUUCCUGCUCCCUCCUAUUGUGCUAGACUCAGGCUAUUUCAUGCCGAGCCGGCUGUUUUUUGACAACUUGGGUGCCAUCCUCACCUAUGCUGUAGUGGGCACACUCUGGAAUGCCUUCACAACAGGUGUUGCCCUUUGGGGCCUGCAGCAGGCUGGACUUGUGGCCCCUAGGGUACAGGCUGGCCUGCUGGACUUCUUGCUGUUUGGAAGCCUCAUCUCGGCGGUGGACCCUGUGGCUGUGCUGGCUGUCUUUGAGGAGGUGCACGUCAACGAGACUCUCUUUAUCAUCGUCUUUGGCGAGUCCCUGCUCAAUGAUGCAGUCACUGUGGUGCUGUACAAGGUCUGCAACUCCUUUGUAGAGAUGGGUUCUGCCAAUGUGCAGGCCACUGACUACCUAAAGGGAAUCGCCUCCCUGUUUGUGGUCAGUCUGGGCGGGGCAGCCGUGGGCUUAGUCUUUGCCUUCCUCCUGGCCCUGACCACACGCUUCACCAAGCGGGUCCGCAUCAUCGAGCCGUUGCUGGUCUUCCUCCUCGCCUAUGCAGCCUACCUCACUGCUGAAAUGGCCUCGUUGUCUGCCAUUCUUGCGGUGACCAUGUGUGGCCUAGGAUGUAAGAAAUACGUGGAAGCCAACAUCUCCCAUAAGUCACGCACAGCUGUCAAGUAUACAAUGAAAACCCUUGCUAGCUGUGCUGAAACAGUCAUCUUCAUGCUACUUGGCAUCUCAGCCGUGGACUCUUCCAAAUGGGCCUGGGACUCUGGGCUGGUGCUGGGCACCCUCUUCUUCAUCCUGUUCUUCCGAGCCCUCGGCGUAGUCCUGCAGACGUGGGUGCUGAAUCAGUUCCGGCUGGUCCCUCUGGACAAGAUCGACCAGGUGGUGAUGUCCUAUGGGGGCCUUCGGGGGGCUGUGGCCUUUGCUCUCGUCAUCCUACUGGACAGGACCAAGGUCCCUGCCAAGGACUACUUUGUGGCUACCACUAUUGUGGUGGUUUUCUUCACCGUCAUUGUGCAGGGUUUGACCAUCAAGCCACUGGUCAAGUGGCUGAGGGUGAAGAGGAGUGAUCAUCACAAACCCACCUUGAACCAGGAGCUGCAUGAGCACACUUUUGACCACAUUCUGGCUGCAGUGGAGGACGUUGUGGGGCACCAUGGUUACCACUACUGGAGGGACAGGUGGGAACAAUUUGACAAGAAGUAUCUGAGUCAGCUGUUGAUGCGGCGGUCAGCCUAUCGUAUCAGAGACCAGAUCUGGGAUGUGUACUACAGACUCAACAUCAGAGAUGCCAUCAGUUUUGUGGACCAGGGAGGCCACGUCUUGUCCUCCACAGGACUUACUCUACCCUCUAUGCCUAGCAGAAAUUCUGUGGCAGAGACCUCUGUCACCAACCUGUUGAGGGAGAGUGGCAGUGGAGCGUGUCUGGAUCUGCAGGUGAUUGACACAGUACGCAGUGGCCGGGACCGGGAAGACGCUGUGAUGCACCAUCUGCUCUGCGGAGGCCUAUACAAACCACGACGUAGGUACAAAGCUAGCUGUGGCCGCCACUUCAUCUCCGAGGAUGCACAGGAGCGACAAGACAAGGAGGUCUUCCAGCAGAACAUGAAGCGACGGCUUGAGUCCUUUAAGUCUACCAAGCACAACAUCUGUUUCACCAAGAGCAAACCUCGACCCCGCAAGACUGGCCACAAGAAGGGUUUGUGGAUGGGUGGCAGAACCAAGACCAAAGUCUUAGGUUUGCUUUCUGGUCCCCAGAAGGAUGGUGUGGCUAAUCCUGAAGCUACAAAUGGGAAACCUCCUCGAGACCUGGGCUUUCAGGACACAGGUGCUGUGAUACUAACUGUGGAGUCUGAGGAGGAGGAAGAAAGUGACAGUUCAGAGACAGAGAAAGAGGAUGAUGAAGGGAUCAUCUUUGUGGCUCUAGCCACCAGCGAGGUCCUCCAAGAAGGCAAGGUCUCAGGAAGCCUUGAGGUGUGCCCGAGCCCACGCAUCAUCCCUCCCUCCCCAACCUGUGCGGAGAAGGAGUUACCCUGGAAGAGUGGGCAGGGAGACCUGGCUGUAUAUGUGUCUUCAGAGACAACUAAGAUUGUACCCGUGGACAUGCAGACAGGCUGGAACCAGAGCAUCUCAUCCCUGGAGAGCCUGGCCUCCCCUCCCUGUACCCAGCCUCCUACUUUAACCCGCUUGCCUCCCCACCCACUGGGUAUGGAAGAGACCCAGGUUCCUCUUGACAUGUCUUCUGACCCUCGUUCUAGCUUCGCCUUCCCCCCAAGCCUGGCCAAAGCUGGCCGUUCUCGAAGUGAGAGCAGUGCUGACAUUCCCCAGCAGCAGGAGCUGCAGCCCCUCAUGGGCCACAAGGACCACACUCAUCUUAGUCCAGGCACUGCCAACUCCCACUGGUGCAUCCAGUUCAACAGGGGGGGGCGGCUGUAGCCCAGGGCCUCAGGGAAGAGCAGGAUGUAGAGCCCCUGUGGGGAGUAUUCCUCAGGCAAUGGGCAGAGGAGCCUAUACAGCCUAGUAUGGGGCCAUGGGGGCCUGGACUGAAGUGGCAACUGGGCCUCCUUGGGAUUGGUCAGAAGGGUUUCCUGGGCUGGUCCUCACAGGGACCCUUCUUACCACUCUCCCUGCUCUUAACCCUUUCCACUUUCCAUUUCAAAAAAUGGCUCAGGAUCCAGUCCAGAGUUCUAGGGGAUAGAUCCACAAGCUUAUGUCCCUUCUCUAGGGUGUCUUCCUGGACUUACUGUUGGCAGCUGUUCUUGCCCCCAAAGCAAGGGUGUCAUUCUUCUGUGGACACUGGUCUCCCCUAACCUUCCUCUACCCCCCAGCAUCAGGUCAGGAUCAGUGCUCUGGCAAUGAGGCUUUAUGAGGGGCUGGUCCUCAGAAUAACAGGGGUAGGAUGUAGCUCAGGCCUCAGCCUUUGGCUCAACUAAUGAGUUGGGUCAGCUUCAGGAGUAGUGGGAGUCUGCCUCCACAUUUUGUUUUAGCCCUUUCCCUUUGCUGCCAGACAUUGAGGUAAUGGUGCCUCCUUUUCUAGGACUAGGCCCUGGGCCAGGCUUUAGGUCAGAGCUGCUUUUUAGCCAGUCAGCUACUCUAGGCGUGAGUCAGGAAUGUUCUGAGACUUGGAUCUGAGAUUUCUGAGUAGGAAACAAAGAGGCCUCUGGGCUCCUAUGUCUCCACCUCAAAAUUUCCCAAAGGGAAAAGGAACCAGGUAUCCCAGGGCCACUGCACUGUUACUAUAGGGGGCUAGGAUGCCUGGCUGCAAUGUUUGGGGACAGUUGACUGAGUAACAGGUGGCUUUCCUGGGGUUAGCCCCUGCCUUGUGUUUUGUACCUUAAACCCAAGAUACAUUAAAUAUCUCUUAGAUGGAUGAGUGUCCUCUGUCCAUUUGUCUCAGGCUUUCAGGGGUGGGACAAGAAGGAUCUGCCUGUUCCAAGAUUUUCAGGAGUAGAGAAUAGUAGGGGAGUUUUUAGACAAAGCUCUUAGUCCCUCUGGUCCUCGUAAGUACUUUUCUAACAGGAGGCAUGGAGUGGCAAUCUAGGGGACCACUGUAUGGGUUGGGGAAGAAGGUGUCUCAGAACUGGGAGUCCACAAAAUGGGAAAGGACAGCAGGAAGAACACCCUGGAGGUCACAGUCUAAACUAUCCAAGGGUACCAUAGAGACAUUUCUAGGACAGUUUAAGGACAGGUGUGAGCCAAGUGAACAAGUGGCUCUCCUCAUAUGACAGGUAGGAAGUCAAGCUCCAGGGAGUUGACCACCCUGAGAAUUUAUAAGACAAAUCAAAGCAGUAUGGGUCCUGAAAUCUGUGGAUAACAGCAUUCCCCCAGUCUAAUUCCUAAUGUGCCUGAAGAUUUUUUUUUAAAACAUCUUUGAGAAUAAACACCAUAAAAUUCA